AUGAAGUUUUUGAACGCAACAGGGAUGAUACCUUCUCAAGGCUUUAUGAAUUACAUCAUCCAUGAUAAAAAGUUCAAGCUGGAAAAAUUCCUUAAAGUUCCAGCAAUUAAGACUUUAUAUCUUACAUCUCAAGCAAAAGUGCAAAGUUGCAACGCAAAUAUAUUUAUUGCAUGGGAAAGAAUGGACAACGAAAUCGAUUUGCUGCCAGAUCCCCAACCAGAAAAAAAACAUUAA